CUAAGUGUUGCUAUUAAUACAGCUGAGCAAAAGGAUAUAGCUGGUGAAAGCUAAUGUAGUUUCAGUUGAAAAGGAAAGGAGUUUCAGUAAACUCGAGAAACUAAAAGGACAGAUUUGGCCAAAUGAUGGUCAUUGUGGGGGUACUUUGUGCACUUUAAAGGCUUCACAACCAUGGAAGAACCCGUCUCAAGUAUUGCAUCAGAAAAUUCCAAAUCUCUGUCAUCAUAUGAGCUGUUAAUUCUGCACACAGCCGAGGCACAAGACUGGGCGACAUAUUUGCAGCAGAUCUUGAAAUCUUCUCGAAAAUUCCGCAAAAGUUCUAUUUUGCUGUACGCAGUCGGCCCAGCAGAUCAGCUCCAUGGAUAUAAAUUUGAAUACUUCCAAAGUUGCAAGUGCAUUUUGCUGCUCCUCACGGGAGCAUUCCUGGACAUGCUCUGUGAACCUGAACUGCAGGGAGCACUUCAUAGACUCCUUUAUCCACCAUACAGAGUGGUGGUGCUACUGUGUGGCAUCGCAGAGGAUGACGUACUGACAGAGAGUUUCAAAGACUGGCAGAGCUGGAGAAAACUCUAUGCUGAUGACGAGCCAGCUGUCUACGUCACCACCAUUUUGGAAUCCAUCACUGACAGCAGACGAGUGGAGGCUGAACAUGGGACCGACGCUGCAACGGCACCAGAGUUGCACACGACAGCAGCCUCUUCAACUGAAAAUCCCACCUCUGAUGAAGGAGAGGAAGUGGUGUCAGAGGGGCAAAAAGAAACGGUCCUAAAGGAUGAAGAAGAACCUGUGAGCAAGGGGAAUUCAGCAAGUGAGGAAAUCAGCACGCCUUCACGCCUCACCUGUCUCACCGUUCAACCAACAAGAGUUUUCUGUGGAGAACGGGAGACACUGUUUAUCAUUUUCAGGCAGAAAUUAAAUGAUCAGUUGGUACCAGAGGUGGAGUUUUCAUCUGAAAGUGUAACUUCAGAAAGGGUCCCAGGCACUGUGGAGAAUGAAUACACUAUAAGUGUUUCUGCACCUGAUAUGCCUGCUGGAGUGGUAUCACUCACCAUGUACACUGACCAUUCCUGUGUCAACCUGAGGCCUGUUACAUAUUAUACCAAUAUGGGUGAAGUCAGUCGGUGUCUUGAAAAUGCUACUGAUCCUGUUAACUUCAUCUGCCAGGCCUUCAACUUGACAUCCAGUGCAACAGAAUCACUGGACAAAAUGUUAACUGACUCGUUAAAAUCCAGAAUGCCUGCAACUAGUCUUCAGCUGUUUGGAAUCAGACAGAUUGAAGAAGACAAUAUGGCGGCAUAUCAGCGUAAUGAGGAGCUUCCCACGCUGCUCCACUUCGCUGCUAAGUACGGCCUGAAGAAGUUGACCACCAUUCUCCUUCAGUGUCCUGGGGCUCUGCAGGCUUACAGCGUGAUGAAUAAGUAUGGAGACUACCCAAACACGCUGGCAGAGAAGAGUGGCUUCUCUGAUCUCAGACAGUUCAUGGAUGAAUAUGUUGAGACAGCCGACAUGCUCAAGUCUCACUUCGAGGAUAAUGUCAACACAGAGGAAGGUGCAGAGGUGUAUGAAUUUAUGUCGACUACAUCUCAAGAUAUCAUGAUGAAGUACUCAGGUUGUUCAGAGGACAUAUAUGAGUCGAUGCUGGGGAUCGACCCUGAAUGUGCAGAGGACCUAUAUGAGGUGAUGAAUGCAGUAGAUGAGAACCCUGAGGAAGCUAUGCUUAGGAAGUUUUUCCAAGCAAAACCUCAGAACAAUGUAGUCCAGGACAACAAUGAGCACCCUGAGAGUGAAGAAGAGGAAAAAGACGAUCAGAAUGACUUAGAACAAAUUGGAGAAGAGGAGGAUCCAUACGACAUCAGCCCAAAGGAUAUCUAUGAUAUUGUGGAUCCAAAUAGUACCUAUAACCCAGUAAUCCACAACCGUCCACCAGCCCCCGUCCCCAGACCUGAGGUUGAGUCUGAACCUGAAAAGCCUGUGACCUACAUCUCUAGAGUAUUUUCAGAUAAAGAUAUGUCCCAGAGUAAAACGAUGGAGAUGGGAUAUCCUGCAGCACGGCCUGUGAUGGACGCCCCGAUGCCUGUUUAUGACCCUUACGCUGGGAUGAAGACCCCUGGACAGAGACAGCUCAUAUCUCUGCAAGAGAGGGUGAAAGUGGGGCAAAUUACUGUGGAUGAGGCCGUCCAAGAGUUCAAGGCCUGGCAGUUUGACCAUGAGCGGAGGGCAAAUUCCAUACGCUAUCAGCAGGAAAAUCUGAAGAGAUUGCGAGACAGCAUCACCAGGCGUCACAAAGAGAGAGAGAAGGCAGGAAAGGAGCUUGAUUAUGAGAUAAGUGCUCCACUGCAGAUGAACUUAUACACGGCUUCCAAUGUGACAUUAGAGUGUUCUGUGUAUGAGCCGGCACCCAGAGUGGUGGCUCCAGCCCCUCCUGCGGUUCAGGUUAUCCAGAGAGGCAGCUGGAAGACAGGUAGCACAUCCAGCACAUCCAGUACUGAAAGCAACAGACUCAGCACUCACAGCGCCUUUAGCUACAGUAGCGGGACAGAGCCCGACUUUGAGGACCCAGUUGAAAAUCUCCCUCCUCCACCACGACCUCCGCGGCCGUCCAAUGCUGCACCCAUCGUUCCUCCACCCAGGAUUCCUCCACGGAUCCCAGAAAGGGGGCCAGAGAAGAUGGUUAAUGAGCGCUACAUAGCCUUCCCUACUCGAGCACUUCCUGAAAGACCUUCUCACAGACAAAAAAAUUCAGCACCUCCUUUACCUCGCCGUCUGCGGUGAUCGACACAUCUCUAUUUGCUGGGUUUAGUCUCUAAAGUUACGGCUUAUUUGUAUGUGAAAGGAAAGGAUGUGUUGUUUGGUAAACAACCAUCAGGAUUUAACACGAUGAAUCCAUGCAGAGAGACAGUUGUUUGUUUGUUUGUUUUUUGCUUUUAUUAAUUGUAUGUAUCAGUUUACCUAACAGAAUGAUUAAAUUCCAGUAAUAAUUCAUUGUGUGUGUGUGUGUGUGUGUGUGUGUGUGUGUGUGUGUGUGUGUGUGUGUGUGUGUGUGUGUGUGUGUGUGUAUGUGUGGGUUUGUGUCUUUAUUUUUGUGUAUGUGUCUAUGUGUGGGUGGGUUGGUGAGUGAGUGAGUGAGUGAUAUUUAGUAUAUACUGUACGCCAUGGUAUGUUUUUUACUGUAAAAACUUGUAACUAACUGUAAUAAUUGUAGAACAUUUUUUAAAAAUUACUGUGAUACAAUAAUAAAAUUUAAUAUAGCUUGUAUUUAGGUAUUUUAGUUUUUUUGGGGGGGGUUAUGGGUUUUAAGUGUAAUGUGUUGAAAUAAAGAAGAAGGGAAAUCAUUUGUUCUAUUUGAAAUAUUAAUUAUGUUUAACCAUGGUUGACGGGUCUCCUGUAAAUGUAACUGAACCGGGGACAUUAAUACUGUUUAGUUCACCAGAGAAAUAUAUAGGAUGUUCCUGUCAAUAAGUAGGAUAGUACUUAAUUGUAAGCUUUUGUGAUAUUAUAUUCCACUCAUUUUCCCUCAAAUGCUGUCACCAUUAUACUUCUUAAAGGACAUACAGACUGGCUGUGAUGUUUGCGUACUAUCUUUCUUAAACUUGAAGGAUUAGCAUUGGUCAUUCAUGGAUGGUAUGAUGACCUUUAGGAAGUGCCUCUAGGAGGUCCGUUUUGUUGUACAUCAGACUUCAUGAAUUCUGAAUUUCCUGAUGUAAUACGAUCAUGUAUUCUUUUCAAUGCUUGAAUGGGUCACUAUUUUAAUUGACUCCUUUACAAUCAGUUCUUAUUUCUUUCCUGUGCAAUAUGAGGUUUGGUCACUUGAUGGUGCUCUGUAUUCCCUGUUUGUCCUUUAAAUAUGAAAUGUAUGUGGAAACGUUUUACAAGUUUAAUUUACCUCAUUAAGCAUGCAGCAAUCGAAUUUAAAGGACUUCUGGUCAGAACUUUCAAAGUAAAACCUUUACUCAUAAACACCAAGCGAAAACAUCCAAGUAAAAAAAACCCAAAAUAUUUCUGGAGACAUCUGUAGAAAUAUAAUUACAA